UGCGUGAUGUUCACACUCCACUGUACUUAGCUCUGUUUGAGAACAUCACUAGAAUUUUGCAGUAUGAGAACUUAUUCUCUUUGUUUUGUGCUCAUUUACGUGUGUCUCAUGCUUCCAUCUGCACCAGACAGAGCGAAUGACUGGACAGAUGUGGUCAUGGUGCAGGAGGGUACACCAGUCACCCUGCCCUGCUCUGAUGAACCGGUCAAACUCCCCGAACGGGUCACCUGGAUGAUGAUGCGGUCUGAGGAGAAACAGUGGACAUCACUGCUCUCAGUGAACACUAGCAGGGGGCUGGUGGACAGACCCCUGAGCAGUACACGUGGCAGAAUAUUCGAGAUAUUCGAAGAUGUGUCACUGCAAUUCAUCGCCACAGCAACAGACGGGGGGCGGUACUCGUGUCUGCUGCAGCGGAGAGACAUGAAGCUGAAAGAGAAGAUCAUUCUUCUGGCUCUUCUUAAAUUGACCUUAGUUCCCGCUCCUUCCAUCCGUUUGGGCAGUACGGUGAGGUUGACAGCUCAGGUUUCUCCUUACUAUGCUGUUGCCGGUGGGAUGUGGCUGUCGCCCGCAGGUGUCCCAUUACUAACUGUGGUUCCUGCUCUGGGCACCCUGCUCACCAAGUUGCCGCAGGUCAGCCGUAAGGACAAUGGCCUCUACACCUGCAGCAUCCACAUUCACGGCCAGGGCAGCAAGCGUGUGUACAAACACACACUGAAUGUGACAGUAAAUGCAAGGGAAGCAGCAACAUUUCCAAACAUUAAAUACGACUCUACAGGCAGCAAGGCAUCUCUCUCCCGUUUACCGGUCACUCUUCCCUGCCCUCCCGUCUAUGGCGACUACGUGCGGCUCUACUGGUGGAAACCAGACCAGCAUACUUCGAAUCCAGAGCUGGUCUUCCAGUUUGACCGCUGGAGGAAUCACAAAAAGCAUAACAGGUCUAAUUUCCAGUUGCUAGGCCCCUCGUCCGUGGAAGGUGGAGGAAACUUCUCCUUCCACCUGAGGCCAAAGCUGGAGGAUGCAGGUCGCUACCAGUGCGAGGUCUUCCUGGACGAUGCUGUGUUCGGCCAGUCCACGACGUUGACCGUUUUACAUGGGUCUGAGAAGAUCUCCUCUUCCACUCUGGAUCUGACCUGUAAGUAUUGUGAGCGCUCUCAGGUGAAGCAGGCGAAGUGGACCCAUGUAGAGCGGCCUGACAUUCAGCUACCAAUGAAGGCCAAGAUAGGCACGCUGACCGUCUCAUUAUCUCUCCCGGUCACCCCUGAGACGGCCGGCCAGUACACCUGCACACUGGAGCUGGAUAACUCGCAAACGCUAAGUUACACGUACAACGUCACACUGCCCCCUCCAGAGCGACCUUGCUGUGUGAGCGAGCGGCCUACCAGCCCCACCACAGACUCUACAGGCUUUCUGCUGACACCUGCUGGGGGUAGCAUUGUGCCAUCUGCUCUUUUUCUCUCUCUCUCUCUUCUCUUCUUUCUGGUGCCUGUGAUUGCCGUGGCUGUCGGGGUGUUGCUAUGGAGACUGGGCCGUUGCUCCCUUCGCCGGAAUGUAGACGUGGAGCACACCCUCUCGCACUACUCUGGAGAAGUGGAGAACAUCUACGAAAACCCAGAGGAUCUGAGACAGUCACCUCCACAUGGUGCAAUCUACAUGGACCUAAAGCCCACAGGAGAGACGGAUGUGUAUCAGGAAUUAGACAGAUAUGACCCGUGCUGUGAUUAAGUGUUUUCAGAAGAAUGAGCAUGUGAUGUGAAUUGCCAAUAAAUCUGAAAUAAUUUAUGUUAGCAAGCCAUCUUUUAUAUAUUUACUGAUUACUGUAUAUAAUGAUGUAGUACUGAUAACUGUAAACACUGAUUAAAUUGUAACAAAUAAUCA